UUUCCAUGUGAGCUCCUCCGCGGGAUUCCGUUCCAGCCCGGGAGAAGGUCGACGGCGCCGGGGGAAGAGAAGGAGAAGGUCGACGGGGACCGUGUUCUGCUGAAAUGGCUACGUUCCGGGCCCCGAAGAGGCUGUUCUGCGCGGCGGCGGAGACAGCAGCGUCUCUGCCCUCCAGCAGCCGCUGGGAGAGGCUGAAGAACAGCAAAGCUGGUGUGUGGUGCCGCAGCAUGCUCUCCGACUACAAGGAAGCGUGCCGGGAGGUGGUGGUGGGGGCCAGGGAUCAGCCCCUCAAAGCCUCCGUGUACGUGUCGUUGCUGGGCGGGGCCUGGGCCUGCUUCCACACCAGCCCCGACCAGUCGUCGUUUGAGGCAACCAUGUGGGAGCGCUCCAAUCAGCUGGGCCUGUUGUCCCCGUGGAUCCGGAACGCCAGCUCCGACGGCCACGUGCAGAGUCUGGUGAAACUCCACAACGAGGGGCGGCUCCGCCACGCCAGCCUGGGCCUGUUCUCCGUGGUCUACCAGGCCGACUACGACCCCGACACCAUGCUGUACGAGGCCCAGUGCUCCGACCUGGCCGUGCCCUGGAGGGAGCUCCCCCGCCGCGUGUUAGACAUCGGGUUCAUCGGUCACUGGUGGAUCCUGAACUCAAAGAUGAAGGACUACGACAUAAACGAGAACGAGUUCAAGCACCUGCCGGCAGAGAUGCAGGUGACGGCGCCGCCCAGCGCUCAGCAGGUGGAGAGGAACGAGAGGUUACAUAAAGAGUCGUGGUUGGCAGUGACGGUGGAGGACGGGGAGAAGGAAACUAACUCUAGUGUCAGUGGAGAGAUCCAAAUGAAACCCCCGAGCGGGGAACAGACUCAGACUCAUUAAGAUGUGAAAAUCACACCAGUAGAAGUACCGGGGUCCACAUUCUGGAAAGAAAAAGCAGAUCUUUUCAUUUUUAAUUUAAUCUAGCAUUUUUUUGUUUUGUUUCCCUAAUGUUUUGCACAUCUUUUCUAACGCAUGUCAAUAAGUCUGUGACCUGCUUCCACAUAUGUACUUCAUAGUCUCAAUGCUCCUGUUGCUUCUGUCAAUCCAGUCUAAUAAAUGCAGGUUCUGCUGAAGCUCGUGA